CAGCAAGCUUGAUAUUUCAUAGGGGCGUCUGAAUCAGAAUAAUGCCCCUUAUGUUUUCUGCCUAGUAAGAGAGCAGACAUCUCAGUUCUGCAGUGUUGUCCUCCCUCGACCUUGAGGACAUCUUCUGAAAGUGUCCAGAUCUUCUCCACCAUGGUAUGUUCAUACUCUAUGUUUGAUUUUUUUGUCCAGUGAAUAUUUUUUUUAAACAUGCAUGCUAUAUGUUCUGCUAUGGCAUGCACACUUUUAAAAUUUGAUACUGAAAUAUGACCAUGUGGCAUGUAACAGAAUAAAUUGGCCCCAACUUGAAUAAUUAAUACUAUACUUUCUAAACUGUACCAGUUUGUGCUGUAUGCACAGGAGACACAUGGCCGUAUUUCUGCAUCACAAUGUAGGUAGUGUUAUAGGAAUGAUAUCCAUUCAUGUUUUCUGAAAAUCCAACAAUUUUUUUUAAGAUAAAAGGUUUUUUUAGCCCCUCGGCCCCAUUAUUAUUAAUGGAACCAGAGAGAGCACACACAAACAGCCAUGCUCCGCAUGUUCAGCUACAAAGGAGAAGGAGGUCAAUUAUUUUGGAGUAACAGAAACUACAAAUUCACCUCAUGAGACCGUGAGGUCAGAGUUCUGGCAGGAGGCCUCAAAAUUCUAUUCUGCCAGGCGUUGAUGUAAACUCCCUCCACACAUUCCUCGCGGACAAUUCUACCGAGACUGGAGACUCGACGACGCUGGGUUGGUCUUUCUGCCGCGUGCCUUCUUUCCAUACUCAUGUCAUGAGGGCAGCACACUGCCUAUCAGAGCAGUUGGAUAAGGCUAGAGUGAUCAUGAUUCGCACUGAGACUGAUCGGGUGCUUUACAAUCUUUUCUAGAAGAUACAAUCGGGUUAUCUUGCAUCAUCGGUGGUCCAUCAUGGAGUAGCAUCAUAUAAGUCCCAGCAUUUUUGCCCAAUGUGGAAAAGUAAUUUAUAAGUACCAAGUGAGUGACUGGUGACCGGUGAGUCUUCGGAGACUAUUCACUCAGGAUGGGGACUAUUGGCAGUAGGCACACGGUUUGUCUUCCUUCCCUUUAUACUUCAGGGUUUGACUGAAGAAAAGUCCAUACUCAAGUGGAGGCAUUCUCUGUUUUAAAAGGCUGCACCCGUUCAUCUACUGCAGAUGUGGCUUCUGAUUUGCCUGGAUCAACUGGUGACGUCGGAAUUUACAAGCUGCAUGGCCAAGCAGAGCUGCUGUUUGUUUUACUCCAUGCUUGCGAUGGCUGAUGAUACCAACUUCCUCCUCUUGGUUUUACUCUUGAGCAGCUCAUCGUUGUGUUUUGGUUCUGAAGCUGAUAUCCAGUGCCUGAAGUCUGUACAGCAAUCAGUGAUUGAUCCCAACGGCGUGCUGAAAUCCACCUGGAACUUUGAAAAUCCCAAUCCCACCGACGGUUACAUAUGCCGUUUUACUGGUGUGGAAUGCUGGCACCCCGACGAGAAUAGGGUUCUCUCUCUCCGACUCGGCAACCUAGGACUUGAAGGCACGUUCCCUCAGGGUCUACAAAAUUGUUCAAGCAUGAUCGGCCUGGACCUGUCAAACAACAAUUUUUCGGGACCAAUCCCUAGCGAAAUUGCAAGGGAGGUGCCGUAUCUGACAUCUCUGAACCUUUCGCACAAUAAAUUUAUGGGUUCAAUCCCACAGAGUAUCUCAAAUAUUACAUAUCUGAAUCUCCUCAACCUUCAGCAUAACCAACUCAGCGGUCAAAUUCCACCGCAAUUCGAUUUGCUUACUCGGUUAACUACGUUCAAUGUUGCGGAGAACUUGUUAUCAGGGCCUAUUCCUUCUUCGCUACAGGACUUUUGGGCUUCGAGCUUUGCUGGUAACCAAGGGCUUUGUGGUGCACCAUUGGAUGAUUGUCCCCCCUCGAGAAGGAGAUGGAGGCCGGUACGAAUCAGGCUGCACAGGAUCAACGACCAGUCGAGCAUAGGAGCGGCCGUCGGAUUCGUCGCGGGGUUUGUGGUGGCCUUCUACUUCCCGCACUUGUUCGUCUGCUCCGAGAGGCUCCGAGCCUACGUCGUCCGCAUAUGAUUCACUUGUUGUUCUGCAACUUUGUCUGGCAUAGCCUCCGGAGGCCAAAUGAGCACUUCCUGCAGUAAAUCUUUUUUAUCUU